AUGAGAGCCCAGCGCCUCCUCCUCCUGGUGGCCCUCCUGGUUUUGGGGAGCCAGCUGCCUGCUGCCUGGGGCCGGAGGAAGGCAGAGAAAUGGGGGGGCUGUCCGCCGGACGAUGGGCCCUGCCUCCUAUCAGUGCCUGACCAGUGCGUGAAUGACAGCCAGUGUCCCACCCACAAGAAGUGCUGCUACCGAGCUUGCUUCCGCCAGUGCCUCCCCAGGGUCUUGGUGAAGCAGGGCAGCUGCCCCGAGGUCCACCUGCGCUGCCUGAGCCCCACACAGCACCUGUGCCACAAGGACUCGGACUGCUCAGGCCACAAGCGGUGCUGCCAGGGCGCCUGCGGGCGGGACUGCCGAGACCCUGCCAGAGGAAUUGGUGGCUGUGCUCCAGACGAUGGACCCUGCCUAUCAGUGCCCAACCAGUGCGUGGAUGACAGCCAGUGUCCCUUCCGCAAGAAGUGCUGCUACAAGCUUGCUUCCACCAGUGCCUCUCCAAGUCUCGGGUAA